UCUCUCCUUCUCUCUCCACCUUUGUCCUCUCCCUCUUCUCUGUCGACAGCUACAGACACCUCUCUCUCUCUCACUUCAAACCCACACAUCUCCAAACCCUAGACCCUAAUUCAUACCCAUAGAUUUUAUGGGAUUUUAAAAUCUCCCCAAUUUUCCCUUCAAGUCGAUUUCAAGAAGGAACUAAGGUCCUCCUUUUUGCUCCUUAUUCGGAUAAAUCUAAGGUUUUAGGGGAUGGCUAGUUCAACCACCAGUAAUGUCUACAUCCACGUCAUCGAUGACGUUAUCAAUAAGGUCCGCGAAGAGUUCAUCAAUAAUGGCGGCCCCGGCGAGAGCGUCCUAACUGAGCUUCAAGGGCUGUGGGAAUUGAAAAUGAUGCAAGCUGGAGCUAUAUUGGGUCCAAUUGAGAGGUCCUCUGCUCCAAAAGCUACUCCAGGGGUUACUCCUGUUCAUGACCUUAAUGUACCCUAUGAAGGCACUGAGGAGUACGAAACCCCCACUGCCGAUAUGCUCUUUCCUCCUACGCCACUACAGACUCCUAUGCCUACACCGUUGCCAGGGAUGGCUCAGACACCCUUGCCUGGAAAUGCUCAGACUCCGUUGCCUGCAACGGCUCAAACUCCUUUACCUGGCACAGCAGAUAGCUCACUGUACAAUAUUCCAACGGGUGGCACUCCUAUUACUCCUAAUGAGUAUUCUUCUGUAAAUGAUAAUGGUGGUGCUCCUGAAGUGAAACCAGGACCCGGGAGACCUAGUCCUUAUAUGCAACCGCCUUCACCAUGGUUGAAUCAAAGGCCUCCUCUUGAUGUUAACGUUGGUAAGCAAACUAUUACAAAACUGUGUGUCAUAGAGGACACAAGACAGCAGAUGACGUUAGUUUAUGACAUAACUAUUUUUUGUUUUAUUGUAGCUUAUGUGGAAGGCCGUGAAGAGGGUGAGAGGGGAGCUUCUCAUCAACCCAUGACACAGGAUUUCUUCAUGAUGUCUGCUGGAAAGAGAAAACGGGAUGAAUUUGCUUCACAGUACCCUAAUGGUGGUUACAUACCGCAACAAGAUGGAGCUGGGGAUACAAUUUCAAAUGAAUUAAAGGUAGGACAAGGGAGUAACACCCAACACAACACAACCAUUGCUGGAGCUGAAAUGUCUCUGCUAGGAGGGAGGUCUGUGUCCAGGAUUUCUCAACUAGAUGGUCCAAUACCUGAUCCAUAUGAUGACGUGCUUUCAACACCUAAUAUAUACAAUUAUCAGGGAGUUGUCAAUGAAGACUAUAACAUCGUUAAUACGCCUGCACCAAAUGACAUACAAGCGGCUACACCUGCUGCUGUCACCCAGAAUGACACUGUAGAUGAUGAUGAAGAUGAACCUUUAAACGAAGAUGAUGAUGAUGAAUUGGAUGACGUGGAUCAAGGGGAGGAUUUAAAUACUACUCAUUUGGUUUUGGCACAGUUUGAUAAGGUGACGCGUACCAAGAGCAGGUGGAAGUGCACUUUAAAGGAUGGGAUAAUGCGCAUAAACAAUAAAGACAUUCUCUUUAAUAAGGCAACAGGAGAGUUCGAGUUCUGAGUUGUUGCUGCUCUUGUGAAUGUCAGAAAAGUUUUUACUCCUGAGAGAUUAAAACUGAUGAGAUGAGUCUUGCUGUUUCUGAGUAUGCCUUUGGUUGAAUAUUAGGUGGUGGAAACUUGGGAGAGGAGAGGAUGAGUUAAAAUGUUUUUCCUAGAGAGGCUCUACGUUGAAGCUUUUACCUGUUUACUGUAAUGUAUUACUGCAUCUAUAGUAAAACCUUAUAUGACACUUGUUGGAUGAUAGAUAGUAAAUUGCAUCAUCUACUGCUUUUUUUUCCUGAAUC